AUGGUCGAACUCACGCUGCACCCGGGCGGGCCGACGACCGACGAGCUCCACCUCGCGCGGACGGCCUUCAAGGAGCUCAUCGCGGCCGUCGAGACUGACUCGCCCAUGCACUACCCGCCCGAGGUCGCGACCUUGACCGCGACGACGACGCUCAAGGCUUCGCUGCACGACAUCUGCGGCCACUUUCGUAAGGCGGCCACCACGGGCUUUGGCCUUGAUACGACGCGCACCGAGCUGCUGCGAACGCUGCUGCCGCUCACCGAGCACUCGUUUGCGGGCAGCCGCUGGAGCCUCCUCCCGCUGCCGAUCCCGCUUGUCCAGCGCCGCGACCUGCGGUACGUCGAGUACUUUGACACGUUCAUCACGUCGCAUGGACGCGUGGGCUUUGCCCGUGCCUUGCACUCGGUCGACGACGACGACUGCAUGCCAGUGCGCGGCUGCCUCCGCGCCAAGGUGUUUGCCUCGGGUUAUGUCUUUCGCGAAUGCAGCGCAUUGGCCGGCGCGUACACGGUGACGCUUGUGCUGAAUGUCGACUUUGGCGGCCACCUCCCGACGUGGGCCAUUAACGCAGGCUUGCAGGCGCGCGUCAAGCACAUCUACACGCUGGAGGGCCUCUUGGCGAAGCGCCGGCCGUUCCGGUUUUUCCUCAAGCCGCGCAAUUGCAGCGCGUGCGGCGACGUCUUUUGCAAACGCUGCUGUGACGAGCGCACGUGCACCGACUGCCGCGUCGCUGUGUACUCGCCAUCGUCGCUGCGGCCGUCGAUGCUGGACGACACGAUGUUUCGGUCGGCGGGCCGGAACCGCCUCGAGAGCUCGCGCAGUGCGUACAACUUGCGCGCCGAGGCCGAGCACCUUGGCGGCGCCGAGCCGAGCAGUGUCCCGGAAGGCCGCCUCAAGUCCAGCAGCGUCGUCGACUUGUCCUACUUGUCCGAUUUUGCGACCGACGGGAUUGACGUCUAG